CAUAUCUAUUUACAUCCUAUAUUUUCUCUGUACAAAUUUAACGAUGUGUGUCCCGUGCUAUAAAGCAAUGGUGAAUGUAAUUACUAUACUUUUCUUGGUGGUCAACUACGGUAGUAUGUGAAUGAUGCAAAAAUACCACAAACCUUGGGGAGGAAAAGAAAAAGAUGAAAAGCGUUUUACCUUAAAACGAGUGAAAAUUAAAAGGAUACGUAAUAAAUACACAAGUACUAAUUGAUUAGAUAAGAAACACGAGAGUCCCUCGGUGUUGAAAGAAAAGCCAAAGAUAAAGCCCACGCGAAAGAACAAGAGAAGAGCAAGGAAACAAGGAACCACAAUAAGAGGGGCUUUGGACUGAUUCGUUUUGAUCGCAUCUCCUUCUCUUUCUCCCAUAUGCUUCAAAAAAAGCAUUUAGCAUAGCAAUCAAGGCAGGCCAAGCAAGCAAUUGUAAAAGAGAUAUAAAUAAAGCAAAAGUUUUCUUAGGCGGAAAUAAAGUGCGGUGCACCAUGGUCAUACGUUGGUGUUCUUGAUAAUGGGGUUAGCUGCUUCUUCUCCAACAUAAAAGAAAUUCAACUCCCUAUUUCUUCUCUCUCUCUCUCAAGAAUCAAAUAAAGUUUCUUUCUUGUUAUUCAAUACUUGUUUCUCAUUCUUUUUCACUUCUUGAUAUUUCCUUUGGUUGGUCAUUGAAAAAGACCUCCAUAUUUUGGGGCAUCUUCUUCUCCUUCAUGCCAUUUAUGUGUUUGCCUUAAUUAGGCCUUCCUUUCUCACCACUUUCUUUUACCAAUCAAAAUCUUUCUCUUCAUUGCCAUCACAAUUUCAAUAUACAUAUCUUCAACUUGACACCCUUUCUCCAUAUAUCUAUCUAUAUCUACCAUUCUGCUUUGAUCAUAUACUUCAUUCUUUAUGGCUGUUCAAGCUCAAUACCCAUCAAAUGUUCACUUUUUUAACAGAACUGUACAAGAACGAAAGAAUCCACUUGUCAACGAUGAUUAUUCGUUGCAACCUCAACCUGGUGGAGGAUCAAUUCUUGAUCACACAGAAAUGUUAUUCAAUCCAGUAGUUGGCUCUAAUCAUUCGUGUAAAAGAAAAAGAGAAAUUUCCACCACCACUGGUACAACGGUAGCAAUGAAUCCAUUAAUGUCGAUGCAAUCUCAGCCACAACUCAUUGACCUCACUCAGCUCCAUACACAUCAACCAAAUGUUGUAUCCACCGGCCUCCGUUUAGCUUCCGGAGAACAGCUACAACAACAACAGCAGCACCAAUUACAACAACAGUAUCAGAAGCAGCAGCAGCAGCAACAACAACAACACUCUCUUUCUCCUCAAUCUUCUCAAUCAUCAGCCUUCUAUUCCAUAUUAACUGAAGACAUGUCCACUAUUAUCAAACAGCAACGCGAUGAAAUUGAACAAUUCCUCCAUGUUCAGAGAGAACAAUUGAGACGGACAUUAGAGGAGAAAAGGCGGACACACUAUCGUGCACUCCUUGUAACCGCCGAGGAAACAAUAGCACGACAACUAAAGGAAAAGGAAGCCGAGGUAGAAAAAGCUGUCGGGCGCAACGCGGAGUUAGAGGCGCGUGCAGGGCAGCUGAACGCAGAGGCGCAAGCGUGGCAGCAAAAGGCGAGGACGGAGGAAUACACCGCCGCGACGCUGCAGGCACAGCUGCAGCAGGCCAUGAUCAACGGCGGCGGCGGCGGUGCGUGCAAUGCACACGUCCUGGACGAAGCUGAGGAUGCUGAGUCGGGUUAUAUUGACCCGGACCGAGUUGUUGAGUCGACCGGGCCGAGUUGCAAAGGUUGUCGGAAGCGAGUUGCCUCAGUGGUGCUAUUGCCGUGUAGGCAUUUGUGUGUUUGUACAGAUUGUGAUGCUGUCGUUCAAACUUGUCCACUCUGUCACUCCAUCAGAAGCUCAAGUGUUGAGGUGUUUUUUUGUUAGGAAGCCCAAUUCUUGGCCCAUGUUCGUUGCAGCCCAGGCCCAAGAAUUAUGAACUAAGAACGUGAUGUAUGCAAGGAUUUGGAGUUAAAAAGAAAGAAAAACAAAUUAAAAGAAAACUUAAAUAAAUAAUAUUGAUAUAUAUAAUUAUUUAUCGCUUUCUUCAAAAGUUCUUGUCUUUUACUCUCCGCCUGGGUUUUUUUCCUUUUUUUUUUCCGUCAAGACACAAAUUUCUUUGUUCUAUUUUUCUUUUGGCAUAGAGGUGCAAAAAACCUUGGAGGUGAUGUACAUUGUGAAAUGGAGAGGCAUUAUAAUUUCAAAUUCAUUCAUAAAUUCUUUUAUGCUGUCA